AUGGAAUCCACCGUUUUUUCGUUGCAAAUUACUCCCAUUGAAAACCAAGCCAUACCACAAGAGUUUUAUUUCGAUGAAUGUUUCUCCAUCAUAUUCAAUUGCACCCAAGAAUUGAUCCAAAUUACCCAACGCGCUGAUGUUGACUUUUCUUCUACUACAACUACUGAAGCAAUCUUGGUUCCCUCAGAUAUCCUAUGCAGUUGUACUCCACUCACAGACCUCAACAGAGAAGACACAAUCUUAUUGCAUGAAAUCUUCUCUUCAGUGCCUGUAUCCCCUGAGUCAUUGGACCAAAUUUUACCUUCCAUAGGCGAAACUGCAAGAAGGAUUCUAAGCCGUGAAGGGUGUGACUCCAACACGCGGGAGAUUGUUGUGAACCUUCACGUUGUUACCAGGCGCAACAUUGUUCAAGAUUCUGAUAUCUAUAAUGAUGAUCUCUGUGAAAACGUUCCUGAACUAGCACAACUCGUGAAUCUGUUAGAGAGAUCCAAAAUUGUUGACCAAGAUGAUGACGGUGAAUGCGCUAUUUGCUUGGAGAAGUUUGGCCAUGGUAAUGAAGAUUCAAGUGUAGAAGUUGUUCGCAUAAAUUGCUCGCAUGUAUUUCAUGAUCGUUGCAUGCUCCGCUGGUUCCGAUGCUGUGCCGACCAUCAGUCGCCGUAUUCUUGCCCAUUGUGCCGCUGCCUCAUAUCUCCAACUUCACGCAGUGACGAUGAAUAG